AUGGCUGCCGAAAAUCAGACUCCGCCUGCCGCUUUCUCCAUUCCAGGGCUAUCUCUUGUGACGGGUCAAGAGGCUUCGGAGACCAGUGCACCGCAAGAGGAAACGCCAUCUCCUGCUCCGCAGUCUUCUCCGUCCCCUCCUUUGGUAGCUGCAUCGAUCAACCCUGCACCCACUACUCAUGCCUCUGGGUGGGCUCCUAUCAAUGAAGACGCCGCUUCUCAUCCAUCUGGGCGGAAUCCCAUCAAUCGCCGUACGUCUGAGUUGAAUCCAGGCAGUCAGCUAGUUAAUGUACUCAACAGUCAACCAUCGGAUGGAAAGCAAACACUUGAGAAGCCAGAGUCACAUCAGGUAGCCUUCGGCACCCCUCCUGCCCCUGUCACUGAAGAACCAACUCCUGCUAAGCCAAAACACAAGAAGGCAAAGUUCAGCGUACCCGUGGGCUCCGCAUCGGCACCUGUCAACCAAAUUCAUGACGAAACACCAUCCGGAUCCGAGGCAGAUGAGCCAACAACCUCAACCCCUGCAAAUGCCCCGAAAUCAAAAUCCGCAAAGCUAUUCAGUGACUACAAAGCAGCCCAAGCCGCUGCUGCCCUGCUGCCAGUCCCUGCUUACACCGAAGGCUGUGGCUGGGGCACAUACCCCAUGCCCCCGGAAGGCGAGUCUCCUAAACCCCAUACGAACUCACCUCCUGCUAUUAACACUAACGGCCAAACGAAUCCCGCGCUUUGGGAAGACCGCCGAUCCCGCUUUGAGAAGAACGGCAUCGAUCAGUCCGAUAAAUUGCCUCUGAAACUCAUUGACAUGCGAGUCGAUCCAAAGACCAAGAAGCCAAAACGCCAGCCUAUGUACUGGACCUGGGGUGCUCCCCUUGACUAUAACGAUAAUAAGACCAUCAAGGACAUCAACGAUCGUCGAAAGACGAACAUCGAGCGCAUCUGCCGCGAUCCGCCUUGGACGGAGUACGAGCGUAAGAUCUUGGCGCUCCUGUUCGAGAUGUACCCUGAAAUAUCCAUGAAGGAAGCCGCUGAGCGGUGGAAUUAUCACUUUGUUAAUAACUUUACGGGUGAUGGGUAUGUCGGGAGAGCUGAUCCAAAUGAUCCGCGGGAGACCCAUUUUGGGGAGCCGGAUAAUUUCAGACGAUGCCCUCGUACGCUUGAGUCUAUUCGGGCAGAGUAUCUCGAGAACCAGGACUCGUACAAUCAAGGUGAGGCGCCCAAGAUUAAGAAGCGGCCGAAUGACAACGGAAAGGGUAAGAAGCGCAAGAUCGAGAUGUACUGCAGCGACCAAGAGGAAAAGGGCGACGACAAGCCAAAGGUCAAGAGAGCCAAAAAGGAGAGUACACCAGCUCCUCCCAAGCCUGAGGAAAAAGAAGCUCCGGCUCCAGAGUCCGCGUUCUUCCCAGAAGUCCGCCUUCUAAUCAAGAAACAUAUCCAGGCCCAGCUUCGCCAAAAGGCGGCGAAAAGCAAAGCCGAGUCUGGCAAGAUCACGCAAAGGGCGCGGCUUCUCAAUUGGCAGGAGAUCAUGCGAGCGUUGAACGAUGAACGGAAGUCUGGCCUGUCCGCUGCCGAGAAAAAGAAAUACAGGAACGUUAAAUAUCAAGAUCUGAAAGAAGAACACGAUAAGUUCAAGCAGCAGUACCGCGAUGCGGAGUUCGAUAUCACGGGCGACCUCGUCAUGAAAGACGCUGACGACGAAGAUAAACCCCAAGAAGAUACAACCCAUACAGAGGAGGCUUCCCAACAAGGCAGCGAUGAACCCAUCCCGGCCAGCAGCGCGCCCUCUCCCACUUCUUCCGUCCUAAACGCCCGAUUUCUCGACCUCGCCGGCGUCUCCGAAUCCGAUUUCCCCCCCUCUGCCUCCCCUCCGCGCCGCACCCACCCCUCCCCUCCCCGCCCCCAAACUCCUACUCCCCACAUCGAGCUCGACUACAGCAUCUCCUUCCACCACGCCGAGCGCUGCAUCCUCAGCGACCUCAACGACGAGAACACCUACGCCUACGAGCACCCCAGCAAGCUAGCGGACGCGCUCAACAAGCGCCGCCGCGUCGAGCACCCGGAGCUGAAGCAGAAGAACCGCACGCGCGCGCAGGUGGAGCGACACUGGGAGUUCUUUGGAGGGAUGUAUCAGAAGGGGGAGGUGCCGGGGGAGGAGUAUGAUGGGUGGAUGCCCGAGACUGAGGGUGCUGAGACUGCGGAGACGCAUGUUUCUAGCGUUUUAACUGUGCAGGACACCGAGAGCGCUCAGAUUGAGAGUGGUGUUGGCGAAACGGAGACUCACACCCCCGUCGUCGUUGAUACCGUUCAGCAAACUACUACUACCACCACUACUACUACUGUCGCAGCUACCGUCGAUACCGGCUCUGAACUCUCCCUGGAGGUCAGAAACCGCGUGUUUAGACGCACCCAACAGAUCGCGCGGGAGGCUGGCGCCACGGGGACCCAAGUUUUCAGGGCUGGGCUUGACGCGUGGGGCAGGGCGCUGCACGAGGUGCGUGCUGAGAUUGCUGCUGAGGCUGAGGCUAAGGCUGCUGCUGAGCAGGAGACGGCGGCGACGCUGACUGAAGGUGCUAUUUCCACUCGCCAGAUGGAGGAUUAUGUCGAGGAUGAGGUGGAUUGGUCUGACGGCGAAGAUAGGGGUGGCGAGUCCGGUGGCGAGGUGGAUGUGGCAGUGAGUACGUCUGCGCCUGUUCAGGUCUCUGAUGAGGAGGAUGAGGAGGAGUUGUAGAAGCUAAGCUAACAGGCGCUGGUCGCUGAGGUAAGUUAAGGUAAGUAGUUAUGGUACGUAGUUUGGUGCUUUUUUUGGCCUAGCUGGUCUAGGUCUGGCAAGCUGGUAUGGUGCUGGUCGCUGAAGAGAAGAUAAGCAACAUCCGUCCCUGGGUGGCGAGAAGCCCCCCGUGGCGAGAAAAACAAUGGGUAACGUCCCCCACUGCGAAGCGGGACACACCCCGAGCCCGGACACAGGAGUAGUACUUUGACUUUUAGCAACUCAAUC